AUGUCUCCGUUUCCAAAGCUCGUCUUCAUCACCGGUGGCAGCACUGGUAUCGGGCUUGAGACGGUCAAGGCACUCAUCAAGUCAUCGAAAGCCAGCUACCACAUCUUUGUGGGCAGUCGUUCACAGGCCAAGGCAAGAGAUGCGGUAGAGCAAUUAAGGGACCUCCUGGGGCCGUCUAGCAGCACUGCCGAGCCAAUGCAGAUUGACGUGACGGACGACGAGUCCAUACAGCAGGCGGCCAAGUACGUGGAGGAUAGAUUUGGAUGGCUGGACGUGCUGAUCAACAACGCCGGCGUUCUCCUGGACACGGCUUUGUCCCAGGACGCACCCAACUUUAGGACCAUCUUCAACGGGGCGUACGAUGUCAACGUCACGGGCGCGCAAGUCACGACGUGCCUCUUCGCCCCUUUGCUCGUGAAAUCCCCCCACGCACGCCUUGUAUUCCUCAGCGCGAGCAACGCGCAUCUCGGCGGCGCGUUUGAGAGCUGCGUCUCGCCUGGAGCGCCAGGGCCCGCCGCCGGCUGGCCAAAGGAUGAGGUCGUGAUGCAGCAGGGAUACAGGUGUUCCAAGGCGGCUGUGAAUAUGUGCAUGCUGACCUGGUGCCAGAUAUUAAAGAGCGAUGGGGUCAAGACUUUCGCCGUCAGUCCCGGGCACUCGGCGACACAUCUUGGCGGGAGUACGCCCAGGAGGAUGAGGCGGUCUGGCGCCCGCGACGCGGCCCUGGCAGGCGAUCUGGUGCGAGCAGUGGUGGAGGGCGAGAGAGAUGCACAUUUUGGAAGGGUGGUGACGUCGGACUGUGUGCAAGGAUGGUGA